AUGAAGAGCUUCGUGGUUACAGUAUCAUAUCUUAGUGCAAUUGGUGCACUAAUAUAUCUUGCUAACGCUACAAGACCUGAAAUAGCAUUCUCUAUUAAUUUUCUAGCAAGAUAUAACUAUUUUCCUACACGAAGACAUUGGAACAGAGUAAAGCAUAUAUUGCGAUAUCUGAAGGGAACUAGCGAUAUGGGUCUGUUUUAUGCUAACAAUGGUAGUACAAAUCUUGUUGGUUAUGCAGAUGCAGGUUAUUUAUCUGAUCCACAUAAAGCUCGAUCUCAAACAAAGCCGUUUACAUGCGGAGGUACCGCUAUAUCAUGGAGAUCCACAAAGCAGUCCAUUAUUGCUACUUAUUCGAAUCAUGCUGAGAUAAUAGCUAUUCAUUGUCACACCCCAACCUCGGUGAGGCGUGACUGGCACCCAGCACCCUACGGAAAUCGAGCGAACCAACUUAUAACUUGCAUCCUUCUUGUCUCGAAUGGUAAAAAUACGACUAAGGGCUAA